AUGUGGAAAAGUAAUAGUAGCCAUGCAAGGAAUGAUGAUGAUGACGAGGAUGCAGCUCUUGGAUUUUUGGAUAUUGUAUUCUCAUGGUCUAUCAAAGAUGUUCUCAACCAAAAUAUCUAUAGAAACAAGGUGAAGAAAAUUCCUGAGACCUUUAAUUCACCAACAGAUUACAAGAACUCCUUCAUUCCUCCAUUGCUGGAGGAAACACACUCUGACUUAUAUUCAAACUUGUUAGGAGUGUCUCAUGCUCCUUUUUGUGAAGUCUUGAAAGUUGAAAGAGAAAGCAAGGAAUUCAAGCUUCCGAAAUCUUUGUUCUAUCAGAUAUCAUUGAAGAGUAUAACUAAUGAAGUGGAAAAUGGUGUUCGAAAAUAUGAACCAGAACCUGGAGAUCUCAUUGCUUUCACGGAUCAUAGGCCUAAAAGAGUCAAUGAUUUGAAAACGCAAAGAUGUCCCUACAUUAUUGCGUAUGUUAUUGCGCCAAAAGAUGAUAUUUCUGGUGAAAUCUUGAUAUUGUCAUCCAAAUGCAUUUUUGAAUCUGACUACAGGAAAGACCAUACAAAGAAAAUGUAUGCAGUUUACCUUAUGAACAUGACAACAAAUGUUCGUAUUUGGAAAGGCUUGAAUUCACAGACAGAGGGGGAACACCUCGACAUUAUUAAGAAAGUGUUGCGACCUUGUCUCAAUAGUGGGGAAAGCUGCAAACUUUGCUUGUCUGGUUCAAACAGUGAAGCUUUUUUAAUUAAAGAAGACAUAAUUCAUUCUCAGAAUUUGAAUGAAUCUCAAGAAGAUGCUGUUUCAAGUUGUGUUGGUAUGAUAAACUGUUGUCAUGCUAAUAUCAAACUUAUAUGGGGACCACCGGGGACAGGGAAAACGAAGACUGUUGCAUGCUUGUUGUUUUCUCUAUUCAAGUUAAAAACCAGAACACUAACUUGCGCUCCAACAAAUACCGCAAUUUUGCAAGUGGCAACUAGAAUACAUAGUUUAGUUAUGGAUUCAGUUGAGCAUGAUACAUACGGUUUAGGAGACAUUGUUCUCUUUGGCAAUAAUAAGAGAAUGAAGUUAGAUUCUUAUCCAGGUCUUGGAGAUAUCUUUCUUGAUUAUCGUGUAAGAAAUCUCAUGCAGUGCUUUUCUCCAUUAACCGGAUGGAAGCAGACCUUGGAAUCCAUGACUCAAUUUCUUAAGGAUCCCAAAAAAGAAUAUUUGUCACAGAUUGACCACAAGUCGCUUGAGGAAUUCGUUAAUGAAAAACAUUGUCAUGUUAUAUCUGCAUAUCGUGCAUACAAGCGAAUCAGUAGGAUUGAUGAUACUAUGACACUGGAGGAAUAUGUGCAGAAGUUGUGGAAAGAGAUAGCGGAGGAAUAUCGAUCCGACGAGAUUGAUAAAGUUGAAAAUUUCAUGACAUUUGAACAAUUUGUAAAGAAGAGAUUUCGGGAACUAAGUGAGAAGCUCAAGUUCUUGAUACAAACCUUGUACACUCACUUGCCUAAAUCUUUCAUUUCACUUGCAACAGUGAAAAAAAUGUUUCGAGGUCUUGAAUUGCUAAGGUCCAUCGGAGUUUCCUUGCAUCAAGCCAAAUUCAAGAAAACUCUUGAUGAUUGUGAGAAAGAAAAUAUUCCUGCUUGCUUUGAACCGUCAAACUUUGAAAUAGACGAGUUCCUAAGAUUACUAAGUUUGCUUUCCAAUUCAAUUUUGCUUCCAGAACUCAAUGGAAGAGGUCACAUAGAAAAGUUUUGCUUGUCUAAUGCAUGUCUGAUUUUGUGUACAGUGUCUAGUUCUAUUAAACUGUACACAGAAGGAAUGGCUCACGUGAAAUUUUUAGUGAUUGAUGAAGCAGCACAGCUGAAAGAAUGUGAAUCCAUGAUUCCGUUGCAGCUACCGGGUCUUCAACAUGGCAUUCUUAUAGGUGAUGAGAAACAACUUCCGGCAUUAGUCAAAAGCAAGAUUGCUGAUAAUUGUGGAUUUGGAAGAAGUAUGUUUGAGAGAUUGGUAAUGUUAGGAUACAAGAAGCAUAUGCUUAAUGUUCAGUAUAGAAUGCAUCCUGCGAUAAGUAUGUUUCCUUGCAAAGAGUUCUACGAUGAACAAAUUUCUGAUGCCCCUGUUGUUAAGGAUGCAAGCUACAAGAAGAGCUUCUUGGAAGGAGAAAUGUAUGCUUCAUAUUCUUUUAUUAACAUAGCUAAGGGUAAGGAGAAAUCCGGUCGAGGGCACAGCUUGAAAAACAUGGUUGAAGUUGCUGUCAUUUCUGAGAUGAUUAAUAAUCUUAAAAAAGAGUUUAAGAGGACACAGAAGAAAGUUAGUAUUGGAAUCAUAUCUCCAUAUAAUGCUCAAGUUUAUGAAAUCCAAGAGAAAGUUAAGCAGUACACUUCAGUUUCUGAUACAGACUUUUCUGUAAGUGUUCGUUCUAUUGAUGGAUUCCAAGGUGGCGAGGAGGAUAUUAUAAUAAUAUCUACUGUGAGAUCAAAUGGGAGUGGUAAUGUCGGUUUUCUUUCAAAUAGACAAAGAGCUAAUGUUGCGAUGACAAGGGCUAGAUACUGUCUUUGGAUAUUAGGCAAUGCAUCUACUUUAGCCAAUAGUGAUUCUAUCUGGAGAAAGUUAAUUGUUGAUGCUAAGAGAAGAGAUUGUUAUCAUAAUGCUGAUGAUGACAAGAAAUUGGCUCGAGUUAUUGAUGAUGUCUUGUUUGAGAUUGAACUUCUUGAAGAAUCUGAGUCCAAAUUUAAGAAACUAAGUCUAUGUGAGAAACCAGAAAUUGAUGGUUCUUCCUCUAGGUCAAGGAAACCUAGAGGACCAAGUAUGAAGCUGGUGAAUCAAUUGCGAGGUGUUCGUUCGCUAAGGGAAGACAUUGAAUCACUGCUGUGA